CGCCACGCAGUGCAGCUCGGUGCCGGAGCCGCGCUACGGCCGGAGGUUGGGCAGCGACUUCGCGGUGGGAGCCGUGGUUCGCUUCGAGUGCGGCGCUGGCUACGCCCUGCGGGGCUCCCGCAGCAUCGAGGGCCUCACCAUGCCCGGGGCGCUGGCGCAGUGGAACGUCUCGGUGCCCACCUGCGUGGUGCCGUGCGGUGGGAAUCUGACGGAGCGCAAAGGAACCAUCCUGUCCCCCGGCUUCCCCGAGCCGUACCUCAACAGCCUCAACUGCGUCUGGAAGAUCACGGUCCCCGAGGGCGCGGGGAUACAGAUCCAGGUGAUCAGUUUUGUCACCGAGCAGAACUGGGAUUCGCUGGAGGUGUUCGAUGGAGGAGACAACACCGCCACCAUGCUGGGCAGUUUCUCUGGAACUACAGUGCCUGCGCUGCUGAACAGCACUUCAAACCAGCUCUAUCUGCAUUUCUAUUCGGAUAUCAGCGUCUCUGCUGCCGGCUUUCACCUGGAAUACAAAACCGUCGGUCUGUCCAGCUGCCCCGAGCCCCCCGUUCCCGGGAACGGCCUCAAGAUCGGUGAGCGCUACUUAGUGAACGACGUCGUCUCCUUCCAGUGCGAACCAGGCUACGCACUUCAGGGCCACUCUCACAUCUCUUGCAUGCCUGGCACCGUCCGCCGCUGGAAUUACCCACCGCCGCUCUGCAUCGGUAGGAGUCGUCUUCUUUCGCACCUAUCAGAUAAUAAUAGCACUUUUCUGAAAAAAAGAGAAGCCCAGUGUGGAGGAGCAGCGGAGGAGAUGGAAGGGGUGCUGCUGAGCCCCGGCUUCCCGGGGAAUUACCCCAGCAACCUGGACUGCACGUGGAGGAUAUUGCUGCCAGUGGGCUUUGGUGCUCACAUCCAGUUCCUAAACUUCUCCACCGAGCCCAACCACGACUUCGUUGAAAUCCGCAACGGGCCCUACGACACCAGUAACGUCAUCGGGCGCUUCAGCGGCACCGAAAUCCCCGGCUCCCUCCUGUCGACGUCCCACGAAACCACCGUGUACUUCCACAGCGACCACUCGCAGAACAAGCCGGGCUUCAAGCUGGAGUACCAAGCCUACGAGCUGCAGGAGUGCCCUGACCCUGAGCCUUUUGCCAACGGUGUUGUCAGAGGAGCCGGUUACAACGUUGGCCAGUCCAUCUCUUUCGAGUGCCUGCCUGGCUACCAACUGAUCGGCCACCCCGUCCUGACCUGCCAGCACGGCACCAACAGGAACUGGGACCACCCAUUGCCCAGGUGUGAAGUGCCUUGCGGGGGGAACCUCACCACCCAAAACGGUACGGUUUACUCUCCCGGCUUCCCCAACCAGUACCCCAAUUCCCAGGACUGCACUUGGCUCCUGACGGUGCCGGUGGGCUACGGAAUCCACCUCAACUUCACCCUCCUGCAAACGGAGCCCUACAACGACUUCAUCACCGUCUG